AUGGCGUCACCUACGUGCCUCCAGCAGACAAUCAUAGACGGCCACCGUGUCCUACAUGCCCCUCUUCAAACCAUCUCUUACGACCUCUUAGCAAGUGGUGAUCCCGAUGAGAUUGAGAAGCUUGCUCGUAACAGCAAGUCCCCAGGCUUCUUCUAUCUUGACCUAAGAGGCGACCAAAGGUAUCUCGACACCCUGCAUGUUCUCUACCAAUUGGCAGAGGAUUAUUUUGCUCAGCCGGAGGCCGACAAAAUGAGAGACUUCCGAGAAAACCAAGAGCGGGGGUAUAAGCCGGGCGAGGCAGAGACUUUCGAAAUUGCCCGGGAUGAGAUUCUCCAGGGGAAGCGAAUCGCGCCACAAUGCAUGAGCAAAGAGUGGCCAGUCGUCGAAGACUUUAUUGCGUCAUCCCAUGAAAAGGUCCUUACGUUAUUGUCCUCGCUGUCUAAUUCCCUCGGCUUAGGCCGAUUUGAGGACAGCCACCGGGAGGGGCAGCCGAGUGACUCUGGGCUCAAGCUAGAGUCUGUUCCCUUCGAGGAGAAGCUCGAAGACGUUCCCCCAUCCCAGCACACUGAUGGCGGCACUCUUACUCUACUUUUCUGCCCACACUACACGACCGAAAUACAAAUGCCCGGGUCUACAGAGUGGGGAUUUAUCGAACCGAAGACGGGCCAUGCCAUUGUUAACGUAGCCAACUCCCUGCAGCGGUUGUCCAAGGGAGAGUUGCACUCGCGUUUGCACCGUGUUGGACAACCAGUUCCUGGGGCCGGGAAGCGUUUUUGUCUGUUGUACUAUUUGCGGCCUGAGUCGUCCCUCAACCUUUUCACUUAG